CAUCUAAGUGCAGUCUUGCUCAGUCUUGAAACAAAAUCCGGAAGUUUCUAGGAAAGUCGAAACAAAAUUAUUUUGAGAAAGAAAGCAAAUUUUUCAUUGUUUGCAUUGAAAUUCUAUUAUUCAUUUAAGUGUGCGUCCACAAUUUAUGUCUAAAUGUCGAAUAAGCAACUUUUGAAUUUGAAAGACGGUUUUUACCGUGUAGAACUGAACAAAACUGUUUGGGAGGUUCCAAUUCGUUACCAGAUUCUUACGCCGGUUGGAUCAGGUGCAUACGGACAAGUAUGUUCUGCUGUGGACAAAAAGACCAACCAUAAAGUGGCAAUAAAGAAGCUGUCAAGACCAUUUCAGUCAGCCAUACAUGCAAAACGAACUUACAGGGAACUACGCAUGUUAAAACAUAUGCAGCAUGAAAAUGUUAUUGGACUUCUUGAUGUGUUCACACCAACAGAAACAUUUGAAGACUUUGAAGAAGUAUACAUGUCAACAGCUUUAAUGGGAGCAGAUAUGAACAACAUUAUAAAAACACAAAGACUCAGCGACGAUCACGUGCAGUUCCUAAUAUAUCAAGUUCUACGUGCCAUGAAGUAUAUUCACUCAGCGGGCAUUAUACAUAGGGAUUUAAAACCAAGCAAUAUAGCUGUGAAUGAAGAUUGUGAAUUAAAGAUUCUGGACUUUGGUUUAGCACGUCACACAGAUGACCAGAUGACUGGAUAUGUUGCGACAAGAUGGUACAGAGCUCCAGAAAUCAUGCUGAACUGGAUGCAUUAUAAUCAAACAGUGGAUGUAUGGUCAGUGGGCUGUAUAAUGGCAGAAAUGUUAACUGGAAGACCGUUAUUCCCAGGCACAGAUCAUAUAGAUCAGUUAACUAGGAUUCUGUCUCUAGUGGGUACACCCUCUGAUCAGCUUUUAGAAAAGAUCAGUAGUAAUGAGGCUAGAAACUACAUCAAGCAGUUACCAAAAUGGGAGAAGAAAGAUUUUAGAACAGUUUUCCAAGGUGCAAAUCCCCAUGCAAUAGAUUUACUUGAGAGAAUGUUGGAUUUAGAUGCUGAUACACGAAUCACUGCAGAGCAGGCUCUAGCACACCCUUACCUCAAACAGUAUGCUGAUCCAACUGACGAGCCAACCGCGUGCAAAUAUGAUCAAACUUUUGAAGAUUUGGAAUAUAGUAUACCCGAAUGGAGAAAGUUAGUGUAUGAGGAAGUCAUGUCAUUUCAACCAGGGCAGGACACUGAAGCAAUGCAAGUUAUGGAAUAAUAAUCAACUGUAGCAAACUUUGAAAAAAAGCAUACCCCACCCACUGUGUUUAUAUUUCUGUCAUUCAAACCAUCAGCGUCAUGAUUAUCAUCAGCGUAGUUAUCAUCAUUCCGCAGUGGAGACUGUCGCAGCAGUACGGAUACUCAUUUAUAAAACUGACAUUUUUUAUGCCAGCAUAUAAGAAAAAGUGUGAAAGUUUGCCAGAUGUAAAGCAGUUAUUUGUUUCCCUUGUUAUAGUAUUCUUUUUAUUCUGACGUCUGUGUAAAAGGUGAUACACUUUUUUAUGCUUGAAAAGCUUUCCUCCUGUUGAAAGUUUGUAGUUUGGCUCUAAUUUAUAUAGAUGGUCAUGCAAGCUUUAGGUUAACUGUGAAAUUAUUAAUCUUUAUGCGGGAAUAAAUUUCAUUGAUUCUAUGUUGUGUUCAGCCACAAAAUUAAAUCCCAGCAAAGAAGUUAGGUGCCCAUUCAUUUGUCAUGAUAAUUUAAAAUCUGCAAAUUCAUAUCCAUACAAAAUGGCAGUUUUGGGCAGAACUACAAAGUUUUGUACUAAUGAAAUGAAAUGUUUUCACAGUAAUUUUUGUAUUGAUUCAGCAUCAAAAAUUGUUGUGUUAAUGUUUGCCUCACUUCAAACCAAAGCUUCGAACAAGUUAUUUCAUAAAUAUAAAAUACAUCUGUAUAUGGCAUAAUUUUAGCAUUAUUUGUAUUUCAAUUUGAUUACAUUUAAGUGAGAUUCUGGUCUUAAGAAUUAAGAAUGGUAUACACCCACCCCCUGUCCACACUCCCUGACAUUUUAUCUGUUUGACCUCAUUUUUUAUUUAGCAGAACAUGUUUGUCUUCAUAUUUCUUUAAGGCAUAAUGUCAUUUAUCGAAAGUUGAACAGAAAAAUGUUUUAACUUGUUGUUCUUUGAACUCAUUGAGUUAUGACAGUUUUCCAUUCACCCCUCAUUAUAUCAUAAUCAAAAACAAGCUAGUUUCUUAUAGAAAACGUAAUUUUGAAGCUUUUUCAUUCUGCUUUUGCUGGCUUACCCAUUUUUUCAUCUAGAUAAAAAAAGAUACACAGUUUUGUUUUAUGUUUAACCUGUAAUGAAGAACUGAGCACAACAUUUAAUUGUAUGAAUUUUUUUGUCAAAAAGGCAUGACUGAUGAAUAUAGAAAAUGAAAUUUCUAGAAUAAGGUAUAGAAAACAUUGAAUUAUAUAUAAGCAUGUUUUAUUUUUGUAUUUAAAAUCUGUAUUUUGAAAGACUGAAAAGCCUUGCAGUUGUAAUCAAACAAAAUCAACAUUUUUCAUGAGUAUUUGACUCCAGUUAUCAGAUUAUCAUUUAUGUUAUUUCUCAUGUUGUUGAAUAUUUUGAAAACUUUUACGCUACCAUUGAAUGAGAAGCUUUAAUCUUUUGAAUAUGGUAAUAUAAUGUACAUCUAUUACGCAUAUGUAAUACAGGUCCAUAUAAUUAUGACUUUAUUAAUCCUGCAUUUGAUGUAUUAUGAUACCGGUUCAUAAUAUGACAUUAUGCUGGACUGUAAAAUACGGAGUGAUAUUUCACUAUUUUACCAGUAUUAAAUUACUAAAAGUUCAUUUUUCAAGUAAAUUAGCUGACAAAAUCAUGAAGCUGUGAAACAAAUGGAAAUCAAAAGCAGAUGAAUAUAUCAUAUUUGUUUUUGUUGUGAAAACAUAUAUCAUGAUAUGUCGUAAGUUAUUUUCAUUUUCUACUCAAUUAUGACAGUGCAAGGGAAGUAACCUAAUAGGUAGCUAUGCAUGUAUGUACCUGAGACAAGUGUUGUCAUUCUCUGUGAACACAAGCAAAGAAAAUCCCUAAAAAUUUCAGUUAUUGAUAUAAACAAAAAAUUAAUAAAACUGAAAAUUGUAAAAUAAUAUUUGGUUAUUUAAAGGAGUUAGAAAUCAAUUCCUGUGCUUUAUUUGAGGUUCUGUGUCUGCAUCUACUACAAAAUAACAUUUGGAAUGUGAUAUGUGUAGUACAAUACAUAGACAGGGUGAAUAUGAGACAUCAGUGCAAAUGCUUUUCCAUACCACUUUCAAUUUACCAGCUUUUUGUACUCCCCAUUUUUGCAUUACAACUCUGUUAAAUCUAUUUUUAUAUAUUUUAUGAUUGACAUUUUUUACCUCAUUGACAUGCUAUUCUUUAAUUUAUCUGAUCAGUGUGUGCUAAACAUAAUGUUCAUAUGAGCCGUGCCAUGGGAAAACCAACAUAGUGGGUGUGCGACCAGCAUG